AUGCCGCGGGACUCUCUCGAGGGAGCGGUCACCCGCCGGUCACCAACGGGCCCAAGCCCUACUGCUGCCCCUGGACCGAGUCCAACUCGAAGGCCUGGGCCUCCUAACAAGCCUCCUGCGGCCCCGGGCCGCGCCAGGGGCGAUGCUGGGACCCAUGAGGCCCCCUUGGACGCGUCCGAAUCUUCUUCAGCUACGAGGCACCAACGAGUGCCCUCGCUGUCAGUACAAAAAGCGUCUGAUCGAUCUGCUGAGGCUCCACAACCGACGUCUCCCGACCACCUGUCGCCGCGCCCGCCUGCUUCGCGCCCUAGUAGCAUCAGGAGCGCCAGGAGUCGUGAACGCCCUUUUCAGAUCAUCGAGGAUGACCCGCUGCCGCGCAUCUUACCAGAGAAGAGUGAAUGCCGAUUGCGCAUCACUUUCGACGGGCGCGACGGAACGCCCAAGCAGAGCCAGCUUACGUUCGAGAAGACUUGGACGGAUCCGGCUUCGUACGGGGAACUCUACCAGCAGAUCAAGCAACGGGUCGACGCGCACAAAAGGGAGCUCGUCAGGGACCGGCAGAACGUAGGGAUUGAAGUCUACCAACGACACGGAUCUUGCCUCGUGGUUGGAGGCAGACACGAAGGCCCCUACUCGGUCAUCGAAGACUACGAGGCGGAAGUGCUGGAGCAGAAGGCCAUCCAGAACAUCUGCGGCUUCAUCUAUCGCCACCCCUUCGAGCCCUUCCGGCUGGAGAUCUGCCUGCACUUUUCCUCCAUCCGCAAGACGCCACAGCAAAGCUACGGGCGAUAUGGGAGGAUGGUGAUUGCCGAGAUCAACUCGAAGAUGUCGGACAACAACUUCAUGGACCAGGAGUUCCUGCCUCGGGUGCAUCGAGACCAACUCACCUCGGCUCAGAUCAUCGAGAACAUCCUGCGCGAAGAGCCGCCGCGCAAGUUUGGGUCGGACCCGCGGAGGCUGAGCCAGGAAAUUGUGCAGCGAGGCGCGUCAACAUUGUUCAUCGCCUGCGUGCACCGCAGCAUGGAGAAUGAUCUUGCGCUGCACCUGAUCUUCGGCCACAACUACAACGACACGAAGCUGCCCCUGCCCGGCAAAGGGACCUGCCGCGAACCGUCCUGCGACUACGAGGUCAAAAUCCUGCUCAAACACCUGCGGGCGUUCUUUGCCCGCACCAUCGAACGUGACGGCAAACGGCAUGAGCUGGAGUACGACGAGGUCAUGCCCAUCAUGAACAUCGCCAACGAGGAGACCGGGGCCAAAGAGACGAAGCUGGGCGAGGGAUCGUACGGCAGUGUGACGGCGGUGACCAUUGACCCGUCCCACCACUAUCUGACGGGGGACCCUGAUCGCACCUUUGCCCUGAAAAAGUUCACCGACCAGGGCAACUUUGCGGCCUCGUUUAGACGGGAAUUCUCCAUGCUGGAGCGGCUGUUUCGCAAGCAGCAUCCGCACAUUGUCACCCACAUCACCAGCUGGACCCAGCGGGGGAUCCAUUAUAUCCUCUAUCCGCAGGCCACGCGCAACCUCCGCACCCACAUCGACAAGCACCAGUCUCCAGGAAGAAGCGGCGUCAAUGUGGCCUGGUUGUUGCGCCAGUUUAACGGACUGGCCGACGGGCUGCGCAGCAUCCACGAAAUGACCGAGGAGACGUCGGGAUAUGAACACUCGUCGACGACCGUCGACCAGACCAACCACUUUGUGUACGGAUACCAUCACGACAUCAAACCGGAGAACAUCCUUCUGUUCGAGCAUGUGCCCGGCCGCAACCCCGUGUUCAAGCUGUCCGACUUUGGCGCGGGCAAGUUCCACACCAUGCCAAAGAGCCAGAUUCACGAGACCAUGAUCAGUCAACAGAGCUCGCAGCUGCGCGGCACCAUGUCCUAUUACGGGCCGGAGCUUCGACGCUCCAAGACCCGACCCUUUGACAUCUGGGCCCUGGCCUGUGUCUAUUUCGAGGUGACCAUCUGGUUCGCCCUGCCGCCGGGCCACCUCGAACAGUUCCACUUGUUGCGCGAAGAACAAUCUCCCCGAACGCUGGGCUGGGCCGAUGACUAUUACUGGAGAGAGAGUCCUGUCGCCGGAGCUGGAGCCGGAGCAGGAGGCGCCACCGCCACCGCGGCCGAUGACGCCCAGCUCCGGCCGGCCGUCACGCAAUAUUUCACUCUGCUGCGAGACGAGCUGGCCAAGGACCCGGACGAGAUUGGCCGUCUGUUACUGGGCAGUCUGCUGGAUUUGAUUUUGGAAUGCUUUGCCAUCAAUCCGAAAGAAAGGCCCACGGCUGACAAACUGUGUAAUCGGCUCGAUGAGCUGCAGAACCAGGCAGAGACGCUGGCGAAGAAUUACGAGCGGGAGGUCUCUACUCCCGGCGGCAGUUCAGGCCACAGCCUUCAAUCCAGUGAUGCCUCGGACCAUGAUCACGACAAUGGCAACGCCAGCAGCAACGGUGGCGAUGACUUUUUCGCCAGAUCGCCUAGUCAGCGCAACCUGACGUUUCCCGAAGACCCUCCUUCUCAUCGCCAUCGAUGA